AUGACCAACCUCCCCUUCUCCCCCAGCUCCGGCGGAGCCCCUACGUCUUCUUUCCCUUCAGGGCCCAGCAUCAUAUCUCAUCCGCGGAGAUCAUCUUACGCCUCAGUCGUUUCGGGCGCAGCAGCCACACAUGCUCCCGCCUGGACUGGCAGCCCCGCAAAUCUCGGAACUGCUACGCCUAGCAGCUCCUAUCCUCCGCAAUACAAUCGAUUGCACAGACAAGGUUACGGCCUUGACGAAGAAAUACAGAUGAACGGUGGGGGUAACUGGAGGAGGCCUGGUUUCCUGCCAGAUCAUUCGCGGCAGUUUAUGAAGGCUGUGGCGCAUGGCGGAGGAGGACCAGGUUUUAUACAGCAGGCCAAUCAGUUUUUUACGCCGUCGUACCUGAAAAGCUCAAAGUAUAUAACCCAGUUAGCAGCAGCUAACAAAUCGAAGAAUGUUGUACACAAAGAGACUUCGUCUGCGCAUUCAUCGAACGCGCCCUCUCUCUCGACGAGCUCCAGCAAUGUCAACUUGCACCGCAUGGCGCCGUCUCACAGAGGAAUGACCUAUGAUAUAAUUGAACAUAGCCCGCUUUCCGAUGACGAGACUUUGUCACCGUUACCUUCGAAGUGGAACGACUCGGAUAAAUAUAGCGGUUUGGAUGUACUGGGUGAUGGGUUGGAAGUCCGUUAUGUUGGCGCAGCGAAUAAGCACGAGCAUGAAGCGGCUGCUGUACGAGCGAAUCAUCCUAUGCCUCCUCAGUGUGGGAUCUACUAUUUUGAGGUUACCGUAACGGCCAAACCUACAGAUGGUAUGAUCGGUGUCGGGUUCUCAAACAAGAAAGCGUCCCUAGAGAGACUGCCGGGCUGGGAACACGAAUCGUGGGCAUACCAUGGUGACGACGGAAAAACCUUUUUCGGAGAUAAUCAGGGACAGGGAAAGCCAUAUGGCCCGACGUUCGGAGUGGAAGAUACUAUUGGCUGCGGGCUUAAUUUCGCGACCGGGGCUGCAUUUUUCACCAAAAACGGAAUAUUCCUUGGAAAUGCCUUCCGUGAUCUGAAACCGGGAAAGGUAUAUCCCUCCAUCGGGAUGAAGAAGUAUCCUGGAUGCCAUGUCAAAGCGAAUUUUGGGCAAUUCCCCUUUGUGUUCGACAUUGAUGGAAUGAUGGCCCAAGAGAGACGCAAUAUCCAAGCGGAAAUAGGGUCCAGUAAUGUUUCAACACUUUGUCCGCCUUUAAACGAAACUGAACUACUUCAAGCCCUCGUCGCCCAGUUUUUGGCUCAUGAUGGUUACGUAGAAACCGCUCGAUCAUUUACCCAAGAGGUUAGAGAGGAAACAGAGGCUCUAAAUAACAGUCGUGCCACUCCCAUGAGAGAUUAUAUCGUUGAAGAUGAUGCCGAUGCGGUUAAAAGACAGCAAAUACGCACCGCCAUAUUAGAAGGAGAAAUCGACAAAGCGUUAGAAUUGACGAACACUCAUUAUAACAAGGUUUUGGAAAAUAACCCUGGGAUAUGUUUUCGUUUGAGAUGCAGGAAAUUUAUCGAACUAGUACGGAGUUAUUCCGAACCGGAGAGCUCGCAACAGCCUAGGCGAGCUAAAUCAGCCAACGACCAAAUAGGAGACAAUUUUGAGGAUGUUUUUACUCAGGAUACUGAAAUGUAUGACCAGAUGCAAGACAUUCAGAACCCGGAAGCUAUGGAUACGGAAACGGAACCGGCAACACAGGACUUGUACCGUGCCAAAGACGCUCUCGAGUAUGGACAACAACUAAAAGCAGAUUACAUGAACGAUGAAAAAAAAGUAUACGAGAAUACAUUGAACGAUAUUUUCUCGUUGAUGGCAUAUUCAGACCCCAAAUCGUCACCGCAUGGACAUUUGCUGGAUCCUAGCGGCCGAGUUUCAGUAGCGGAGGAACUCAAUGCCGCGAUUCUUGUGUCCCUGGGGAAAUCGUCCUCUGCAGCUUUAGAGAGGCUGUAUCAGCAAACUGAAGUACUCGUCAAUGAAAUCAGUGAAAAUGGCGGCGUAGGGGCGUUUAUCAAUGUUCGAAACGAUUAUUUAAGCGGAUGA